ACGCGUCUCGUCACCCCCGCAACGUCCGUGGUAUCACAAAGACUGUAUCUCGGAUGCUGAGCUCUCCACUGCUUCUCACGGUUCUACUACUAGGGAGCUCGACUGCCGUAACCGCGCAGAACAGCAGCGAUGGUGAUCCUGCAUCUUUCGUAAACCUCUUCAUCGGGACAACCAAUGGUGGCCAUGUCUUCCCUGGCGUCACUCUCCCACAUGGGAUGAUCAAAGUUGGAAUGGACACGAACUCUCCAGGAAAUCAUGCAGGCUACGACCGAGACCCGCAGUUCAAUGUGACUGGAUUUAGCCAACUGCACGACGAUGGAACUGGAGGCUCUGUCCCGCUCUCGAACUUCAAAGUUUUUGCCCUCCCGGACUGCACUUCUUUCGAGGAAUGUGCGACGUCGAUUGAGUCGAGACCGGUUCCGAGGAAGGUCCUUGACUCUGGUCUUCCUGAUGACUCUGCCACGCCCGGAUAUUUCUCCACCAACCUUACUAAUGGAGUCCGCGUCGAACUUACUGCGACCCGCCGCGCGUCCCUUCAACGCCACACCUUCAGUCCGACUGCGAACUCGACGGUACCUAGGAUCGCGUUCGAUCUCACAAAUGACGGGCAACAGAGCUCAACGGAUCCGGAGUUGACGCUUGACCCGACAACUCUGAGGGUCGUUGGCGGAUCUCACUUCUCUGCUUCAUUCGGACCCGGGCGGUAUCAUAUUUUUGCCUGUGCCGAUUUCCGCACGCUCGACACAGAGGGCAAUAUCGUGCUGACUGAGCCGCUGGAGUAUGGAACUUGGUUGGGUAAUCAGCCAAUCCAGUUCACAACUAAUAUUCAGCAACAAUAUUUUGGAUUCACUUCCGAAGCAGGCACACUCUUUACCUUGCCCUCUAACACAACCUCCGUCCUCGUCCGCACCGGUGUCUCGUUCAUAUCUUCCGAUCAGGCAUGCUCCAACGCUGAGUCAGAGAUCCCGGAUUUCGACUUCGAAGCGACGCAAGCAGCAGCGAGAAGUGCAUGGAAUGAAGUGUUGGGCAAUGUCAAUGUGGAGUUGUUCAAUGGGACUGUGGCGGGGAGUGGCAAUGGGACGGUGGAUGCGGUGGAUGCAGGAUCGGACCAGGAGGAUAUGAGGGUUUUGUUGUAUAGCUCGCUGUACCGUACGCAUAUCAGUCCUGCUGACUAUACGGGCGAAAAUCCUCGCUGGAAUUCGACUGAACCAUACUAUGACUCUUUCUACUGUAACUGGGAUACGUACCGCACACUGUACCCGCUCAUGGCCAUGCACGACCCUGUACGCUUCUCACUCAUCGUGAGGGGGCUGAUCAACAUCCAGCAGCAUGAAGGUUGGCUGCCAGAAUGCAGAGGCGCGACUGAUAUGCAUUUCAUCCAGGGCGGCAGCGACGCGGACCCAAUCCUUGGCGAAUUCUUUGUCAAGUUUGCCUCCCAAGCCUCUUCUCUGGGCGUAGAUCCAGAUGGACUUUACAACGCACUCCUUGCCGAUGCGGAGAACUUACCUCCGAAUUGGGAUGUUCAAGGGAGACAAGUUGAUGCGUGGAUCGAAUACGGUUAUCUUCCCCAGGACUUGUUCGAAGCAGGAGGAACGAACUCUAAACAGGUCUCCAGAGCUUUAGAGUACGCCUUCGGUGACUUCGCCAUCUCGCAAGUCGCCAAACUCAUGAACAAAUCCGACGACGCGACAAAAUACGUCGGCCGCGCUGGCAACUUCGUCAAUGUCUGGAACCCGAACACGACAGUAGGUGGCUCGGUGAAAAAUGACGUAUUAGGAAUGAUGCAGCCUCGCUUUUUGAACGGCACAUUCAACUUCACGGAUCCGAGACAUUGUAGCGUGAACGAUCCACUCCAGUCGACUUGUUUCUUGAACGCAGCGAACCACGAUGGAUUCUAUGAGGGGUCGCCUCUUCUCUAUAGUCAAUACGUUCCGCAAGACAACGCGAAGUUGAUCGAACUGCAGGGAGGGAACGAGAGCUUUGUCGACAGGCUUAAUUUCAUCAUUGACAAUGGCUACUUCGACGUGACCGACGAACCAGGACAGCAGAUCCCGUUCAUGUAUCAUUACGUGAGUAAGCCUGGUCGAAGCACGCAGAGGUCGAGAGAGACGAUUGCGACGUUCUUCAACACAACAGAUGUAGGAUUGCCUGGAAAUGAUGACUCCGGUGCCAUGGGAAGCUACGCAUUUUUCUACCUCGCAGGCCUCUAUCCUCUACCCGCCACUCGUCAAAUCCUCCUCUCCUCUCCCUUCUUCCCCUCCAUCUCUUUCACGAAUCCGGUAUUCAAUACUACUACCACUAUCAAAGCCGUCAACUUCCAGGGAAAUCCUUCCAAUGGUACGGGUGGGACUGUAUUCGUCAAGAACGUGACGAUUGACGGGACGCCAUGGAAAUCGAACUGUUUCCUGGAAUGGAACGUUUUCGAGAAAGGAUCCACGGUGGAGUUGACGUUGACGGACGAUAUUGAUGUGGCGUGUGGUGAUACGCCGGAUACGUUGCCGCCCUCUUUGUCAACGGGUGGGUACGAUACCGUUUGAGUUGAACAUGAUAAUGGGCGAAGUCCAUCAUGUAGGAAGGACCACUCCUGUUGUAUUGCUGAUAUUUGCACAACACACU